AUGGACAUAUAGGAUGCAUCUAGAGUUGUUUACAUUUGUGGAAGUAAUUUCAAUAGCUUAGAUUAGAGUGUGGGAAGGAUGUAUAACUUGAAGCUAAAGACAUAGUGAGAUGCUAAUGUGGUUAUAGAAUUCUAUAUAAGAAAAGAAAGGCAGAUCCAAAGAAUCCACCUUAAUAUGAAGCAAUCUGA